AGCGGCGGCGGCUCCGGGCACGGCUCCGCUCCCCGGGGCGCUCGGCGGCUGCUACCGGGACCUCGGGGCCGCCGGGCUCCCGGCUCCGCACGGAGCAGCGCCAGGAGCUGCAGGAACGGGAGCAGCAGGAACGGGAGCUGUAGGAGCGGGAGCAGCAUGGCUUUCGCAAAUUUCCGCCGCAUCCUUCGCCUUUCCACCUUCGAGAAGCGCCGCUCCAAGGAGUACGAGCACGUCCGCCGCGAUUUGGACCCCGGCGAGGUGUGGGAGGUGGUGGGCGAGCUGGGGGACGGAGCCUUCGGCAAGGUGUACAAGGCUAAGAAUAAGGAAACCGGUGCCUUAGCAGCUGCCAAAGUCAUCGAAACAAAGAGCGAAGAUGAACUGGAGGAUUACAUGGUGGAGAUCGAAAUACUGGCGACCUGCGAUCACCGGCACAUCGUCAAGCUGCUGGGAGCAUUUUACUGGGAUGGCAAGCUCUGGAUCAUGAUCGAGUUUUGCCCAGGAGGGGCAGUGGAUGCCACCAUGCUGGAGCUGGACCGGGGCCUGACCGAGCCCCAGAUCCAAGUGAUUUGCCGCCAGAUGCUGGAAGCCCUCCACUACCUCCACAGCAAGAAGAUCAUCCACCGGGACCUGAAGGCGGGCAAUGUGCUCCUCACCCAGGACGGGGACAUCAAGCUGGCUGACUUUGGAGUGUCUGCCAAAAACAUGAAAACCUUGCAGAAGCGAGACUCCUUCAUUGGGACCCCUUACUGGAUGGCCCCAGAGGUGGUGAUGUGCGAGACGAUGAAGGACACGCCGUACGACUACAAAGCGGACAUCUGGUCCCUGGGAAUUACGCUGAUCGAAAUGGCCCAGAUCGAGCCGCCCCAUCAUGAGCUCAACCCCAUGCGAGUCCUGUUGAAGAUCGCCAAGUCCGACCCUCCCACGCUCAGCUGCCCUUCCAAAUGGUCCCUGGAGUUCAGAGACUUCCUGAAGACGGCACUGGACAAGAACCCGGAGACCCGGCCCAGCGCAGCCCAGCUGCUGGAGCAUCCCUUCGUGAGCAAGGUGACCAGCAACCGAGCCCUGCGCGAGCUGGUGGCCGAGGCGAAGGCCGAGGUGAUGGAGGAGAUCGAGGACAGUCGGGAUGAAGCAGAGGAUGACGACUCAUCAGAGUCCGCCUCGCCACCUGGAAAGCACAAGAGGGACCCCUCUGAAGUGAGCCAGCUGAGCUUUGAUGGGGAGAAGCCUCCAGACUCUUCCUCACCCAAGACAGCUAAUGGCCCUGUGGGGACUGGCAAGGAGACAGCAAAUGGACAGGGUGACAAAGCCUCAGAUGAAGGACUAAGCAAUGACAAUGACAAACUGGUGAACAACCACUCCAAAAAAACCCUUGCCAGCUCUGCUCCUUCUGGCCCAGAGGAUGGGAAAGCCACCUCGGGCAAACCAGACGUCAUCUCUCAGCCCGGACAGCUGGGAAAUUCAACGGAGGGGGACAAGAAGCCCAAGUCUGGCAGCAGGGAGCGGAGCAGCAUCGCGGACCGGCCGGAGAGUAGCCACCUGGAGAACUUCACAGAGGAGAAACUCACCAACGGGAGCUUGGAUUCCUCAGCUCCGUUCCCUGGCAGCCGGUCCAAAGGGGACUCAGAUUCUGGCAGCACUUCGGCCUCAGAAAGCAUGGACCUCACCAUCUCCCUGUCUGCCGACCUGUCCCUCAACAGAGAGAGCGGUUCCAUCUCCCUGAAGGAUUCCCGGAUGCACAACAAGACGCUGAAACGCACCCGCAAGUUUGUGGUAGAUGGAGUGGAGGUGAGUGUCACCACCUCGAAGAUCAUCAGCGAGGAUGAGAAGAAGGAUGAAGAGAUGAGAUUUCUCAGGCGCCAAGAGCUGCGGGAGCUGCGUCUCCUUCAGAAGGAGGAGCACCGAAACCAGGCCCAGCUCAACAGCAAGCACCAGCUGCAGCUGGAGCAGAUGCUCAGGCGCUUUGAGCAAGAAAUGACGGCAAAGAAGAAGUUCUACGACACUGAACUGGAGAACCUUGAGCGGCAGCAGAAGCAGCAGAUUGAGAAGAUGGAACAGGAUCACUCACUGCGCCGGCGGGAGGAGGCCAAGCGCAUUCGCUUAGAGCAGGAACGGGACCAUGUGAAAUUUAUGGAGCAGCUGAAGCAGAUGAAGAAGGAGGUCAAGAAUGAGGUUGAAAAGAUGCCACGGCAACAGCGCAAGGAGAACAUGAAGGUGAAGAUGGAUGACUUUGCCCAAAAAAAGCAAAUCAUGGAACAGGAGUUUUUGGCCAAGCAGAAGGAAGACCUGGAGCUAGCCAUGAAGAAUAUAACUGCCCAGAACAAAAAAGAGAUCUGCGACAAGGAGCGCGAGUGCCUCAACAAAAAGCAGCAGCUCAUGAGAGACCGGGAGGCGUGCAUCUGGGAUCUUGAAGAGCAUCAGCAACAGGAGAAACACCAGCUUGUCAAGCAGCAGCUAAAGGACCAGUAUUUCCUCCAGAGGCACGAGUUGCUCCGCAAGCACGAGAAGGAAAGGGAGCAAAUGCAGCGAUACAACCAGCGCAUGGUAGAGCAACUGAAGGUUCGGCAACAGCAGGAAAAGGCCCGGCUGCCCAAAAUCCAGCGGAGCGAAGGGAAAACGCGCAUGGCCAUGUACAAGAAGAGCCUUCACAUCCAUUCCAGUGGGAGCGCAUCCGAGCAGCGGGAGAAGAUAAAACAGUUUGCUCAGCAGGAAGAGAAGAGGCAAAAGGCAGAGCGGCUGCACCAGCAGCAGAAGCAUGAGACGCAGAUGAAGGACAUGCUAGCCCAGUGCGAGAGCAACACGAACGAGCUCCAGCAGCUACAGAAUGAAAAGUGUCACCUCUUGAUUGAACACGAAACCCAGAAGCUUAAGUCCCUGGACGAGAACCACAACCAGCACAUGAAGGAGUGGCGGGACAAGCUGAGGCCGCGGAAGAAGGCCCUGGAGGAUGAGCUGAACCAGAAGAAGCGUGAGCAGGAGAUGUUCUUCAAGCUGAGCGAGGAGGCAGAUGAACAGACCCCCGCAUCCCCAACCAAACAUGCCAAGUUCAUCCCGUUCAGCUCCACAGAGAGCUCCUAACCCCCAGGUGGCAGCUGGCAGGCCCCCAGCUGGUACUUGCCGUGUCCUCCUGGGCUGCAGGGGGGCCUCUUGGACUUGGAAGACCCUCUUGGCAGCCUCUGCUCACGACAGCAGCCGCCUGUCCCCUCACUCUGUCUGGGAGAAACGUGGCCUCUGUCCUUCACGUGGGGUGCUGGCGGGAAGGUUUGGCUUUUCCAGAGGCUGGCCCGCUCAGUGAGGAGGCUGGGAGGGCUGUUUCUGUGGUUGUACUGGCACCGUUAGCUGAACGCAUCGCCUUGGACGUGAGCCUGGUGCUCACUAGGCCCGUCAGCUCAGGCUGGAGCAGUAACAGCCCCGAGCAGGAGGAGCGGGCAAGCCCUCACGCACCCAGCCCACGGCCAGCAGCCUCUCCUCACGGCUGCUCCUUCUCCUCCUGGUCCUCUGUAAAUGGCUGGCCUGGGGCAAAGCAGCUUUGGUGGUGUCUUAUGCUAACCUUGGCCUUGCGGCCCCCCACACUCGCCUUAUUUGUAUCUACUGUGGCUUUCUUGUGCUCGAGGGAGACAGCGAUUUGGUUUUUUUUUCCUUUUAGCAGGGAGGGUUGGGUUCCUUUUUUCCUCGUGCUCCUAGUACAGACUGUGCAGGCUUUUGUCUCUUACAGAAGAGUACGUGCUUGUGCGGACGGGGAGGUUUGGAAUGGCGUCCAGUCCUGCGGUGACACCACGAGGUGUUGGUCACAGCCAUGUGCCUUUAGUCAGUGAAGGGCAGAAGGGUGUCAUUGCCACAGCCCUCACGGUCACGCAGGUGCUUGAGAUAUUUUUUUAAGUGCCUUGUAUGUGGGCAGGUAGGUCAGCCACUCUGCAGUCAGGGUUACAGGAUGGAAUAAAGGAUUCUUGAAGCAAGGGAAGGGGAGAUGCAGACAGGUCUCGGUGGCUCGUUACCUUCAGCAUUGCUUUCUCCACUGAUGUUUCAUCUUCUCAUGAAGUGCCAGUUUCCUGGAUGACUCUCCGGGCUUUCAACUUACAGUCAGGCUGCAGUGACAGAGCAGCGGCAGGUCCAACCCUCCAUCCUCUCUGCUCCCUGGCGAUGUGUCUCGGCUGGGCUGCUGUUCUUUCCCCACCUGCACCAUGCACUGCUUGGCCAAGCUCCUGGGCAGGUCCCAGAGCAUGGACCUGGGUAAGGGGACAGAGACGUCACUGGGCAGCACCCUCCUUAUGCAAUGGCAGUGACCAAAGGGUAUGUGGUAGCACUUAAGUUUUUCUCUCUUUAAUCUCCAGACAAUUGUUAAAUGCCUGCUUCCCUAGCAAAAUGAAAUGUCCCUUUAAAAAAAAAAAAAAUAUAUAUAUAUAUAUAUAUUUUAAAAUCUCACAUGUAGGUUCAGAGUCAUAUUGGCAUUUCAAGAAAAGGUGGUAUGUGACGUGCUACACUUCUAGGUGCCUAGCUGAAGGAGUCAGUCCCCAGGUCUCUAGCACCUCUUUAUCUGAGGAGUGCAUUCACCACCAUUUAGAGUUCAUAAUACAUAUUAAUAAGCUUCCUGCAAACUAGCAAGACUACAUCCAUUUGGGCCAUUCCAAGUUUCUUCUGAAUCCACACCAUUAUUAUCUUUAUUAACAAACGUAGCCUAGACAGAGUUCUAAGGGCUGGGCCCCUUUGCCAGCAGACUGCUUAGUGGCUUUUCAGGAACUGGCCUGUCCUAGGGAGACUGUCUGUCCCGUCUCCAAAAACACUGACUGUGCCUUUCAGAUAUAAUGACAGCACCAGUUGGGAGCUAACAUAAAAACGAAUGAAUGCAGGGGUGAUCCUGAACCAGGACAAUGUGCUGGUUUCAGCCUUUUAGCUCCAAUAGAAAUGUGUGAUAGCAGCCCCUGAGGUUUUGUUCCCUGUCCUGUUGGGGUCAGCUGGAGCUGUUCCAUGAAAUGGUUGUUGUUGCAGAAAUCAGUACCCAGGGCCUGGCCUUUCAUGUGUUGUGCGUGACUAGUGGAAGGAUGUCUUGCAGCAUACUGUACCUGCAGCAUAAUGUACCUGGUCUCAUUGAAGGGGGUUGUAGCUUCUGACUGCCUUCUUGCACCAGCCCAGGAGCAUCAGUUCUCUCUGUUGUGCAGCCAUGAGAAUGUAUGGAGGAUAUUUCUGGGGGCUUUUAAAGGGCUGAUGUAAGUACUCACAAGGUGAAUCGGUUGUCCCCUCCUCCAGUCCACCUUACUUGCAGCCUCAAGCUAGCAACAUAGUUUUGCUUUUGCUAACAGAGGGUGGGAAUGGUUUUGUCCCCUGCCCUUUGCCUGUUCUCAGCUCCUUCUCCAGGUGUGUUGAGGCUCUAACACCAAACCCUUCUCCUAGAAGGGGGCAGGGGAGCACGUCUUAUGAUUGUCAUGUUUACAGGGUGCUUAUUUUUCCCCCUUGAAAAAGAGGAUGUCUUGAUGUUUCCUGUUCAGAAGUAACCAUGAAUAAAUCCAACUUAUUUUUGAGGGGAGGUGGGGUGCCAUUUUUAAAAAUGUGGCUUUGAAUAAAAGUUUGUUUUUUUUUUUAAUAUUUUGUAAAAUGUCUUUAGUGGGGUGACCACUGAUGUAUAGAGCCUUCUAAUAAAGUAACAAACUGAGAAACCCAGG